UGCAACUUCAAGAAGAAGCCUCAACAAUGCAAGCAAAGGAAAAAAUGAAUCACUUCUGGAGGAAGAAAAGGAGAAGCUCUGAUUAGACAGUCAGAUGCCAUUUGGCACAUUAUGACCUCUUCAGCUGGGGGAGUCUCCUACCUCUAGCACAAUAUUCUCACUCAGGAACAACAUCUGGGGGAACCAUCCAGAGGUGACAGAGCAGUGCCUGUUUGUUGUCUGCUCUAUCCCCAUUCUAUUUUGACUGUGUUGAGGUCCAAAUGUGUCCGGUAAAAGCUUUCACCUUACGUGGAAGUUGGACUUGCCUGCUGAAGAUGAGACACUUCCAACUGAACUUGCUUCUCAUCUGUGUGGCAACUACCACUGCAAUUCCUGUUGUGCCCUGGAAAGUCAAAUGCCCACUGCAGUGUGUCUGCCAGAUCAGGCCAUGGUACACACCCAGGUCUGUAUACAGGGAGGCAGCCACAGCUGACUGUAAUGAUUUGUUCAUCUCCACAGUGCCUGAAAGCUUGCCAGAGGGGACACAGAUCCUUCUCUUGCAAAGCAACAAUAUUGUCAAGGUUGAGCAAAGUGAGCUGGACUAUUUGAAAAACCUGACUGAACUGGAUCUGUCACAGAACAGCUUCUCUGACAUUUUGGACUUUGGCCUGAAGAACAUGCCCCAGUUGCUGAGCCUCCACCUGGAAGAGAAUCAGCUGACGGAAUUGCCUGAUAAUAGCUUCCUGGGUCUGGCCACUCUCCAGGAGCUUUACCUUAAUCACAAUCAAAUACGCAGGAUCUCUCCCAAAGGCUUUUUAGGCCUUAGAAACCUCCUUCGGCUUCACCUCAACUCCAACCGCCUGAGGACAAUUGACAGCCGCUGGUUUCAAGUACUGCCCAGUCUGGAGAUCCUCAUGAUUGGAGGCAACAUAGUAGAUGCCAUUUUGGAUAUGAACUUCAGGGCCCUAUCAAAUCUGAGGAGUUUGGUUCUAGCAGGAAUGAACCUGAGAGAGAUUUCCGAUUAUGCACUAGAAGGCUUGAGAAGUCUAGAGAGUCUAUCUUUCUAUGACAACAAGCUAGUCAAUGUCCCUAAGAAGGCACUACAGCAAGUCCCUGGUCUUAAAUUCUUGGAUCUGAACAAAAACCCACUUCAGAGGGUUAAGCAGAGUGAUUUCACAAAUAUGCUGCACCUGAAGGAACUGGGACUCAACAACAUGGAGGAGCUGGUUUCUAUUGACAAGUUUGCCUUGAUCAACCUGCCUGAACUGACCAAACUGGAUGUGACCAACAACCCUAAACUAUCCUACAUCCACCCCAGUGCUUUCCACCACCUCCCCCAGAUGGAGACCCUCAUGUUGAACAACAAUGCCCUAAGUGCCUUGCAUAAGCAGACACUGGAAUCCCUCCCCAAUCUGCAGGAAAUCAGCAUCCACAGCAACCCCAUCCGCUGUGACUGUGUAAUCCGAUGGGUCAACAGUACUGAGAACCACAUACGUUUCAUUGAGCCUCAGUCCACAUUAUGUGCAGAGCCUCCAGACCUAAAGAAAAAGCACAUCCGAGAUGUUCCCUUUAGGGAAAUGACUGACAGGUGCCUGCCCCUCAUCUCUGACAAAAGCUUUCCUUCCCGUUUAGAGGUGGCAGAUGGAGAGGACAUAUCUCUGCACUGCAGAGCUCUGGCAGAACCAGAACCAGAGAUAUACUGGGUCACACCAUCAGGUCAUAAGCUGAUGCCAUACUCAGAUGAUGGAAAGUUUAAAGUGUACCCUGAAGGGACAAUGGAAAUCCGCAAGGUCACAGCACAAGAGGCUGGGCUCUACACAUGUAUGGCUCAAAACCUCAUUGGUGCAGAUACCAAAAGCAUAAGUCUGAUGGUCAACAGUUCUUUCCCCUUCAGUGAGGAUGCUCUGGAGCUGCUGGUGAAGGAAGUCCAGGCCUAUCACAUCCUGGUUGUCUGGAAACCUCACCUCAACACAGUUUCUUCUAACCUCACAUGGUCCAGCUUCAGUUCCAACUUAGAUAUGACCAACAUGGCCCGUAUCCCAACAGGUACUCACAUGUACAAUAUCACACGACUCCACCACAACACAGAAUACUGGGCUUGCCUUCAUGUAGCCUUCAUAGACUUGCAGAGCAAGGUAGCUUGUAUCAAUGCCAGGACUAAAGAGGCUCAAUAUCGAUACCUCGAAAGCAGGCAGAGCCUACUGAUUGUGCUGUCUUUCUGCAUGUUGUUGCUGUGUAUUAGCCUUAUAGGCAACUAUGGUUUGGGCUUACUCAAGCCACAGGCUGGAAGCCAUGGGACCUGCAUGUUGUGGAAAACAGGCAUAUCUUCAGUGCGUGUAGUGCAUCCACCCUUCAUCAAACACUGGGAUCGAGGGAGGAGGAGUGAGAAGCUUCUGGCAGUGGAUGUACAAGCAACACUAUUGGACUCUUGAAAGGUUUUCUUUUGUUUUUCCAGGGAGGGUGGGCAAGAAGACCUGGUGGAAUUUUUUAAAAUUACCAAAUAUAAAUGAAAAAAAUAUUGUCAGCCAUGGAAACAAUAAGCAUGGAGGACAGAGAGGACAAAGGUCUGGUGAGCCCUGUGCCCACCUACAUCACCAGUGUUGUCAGAUGGAUUGUCUUUCAUGCCAAGACAAUCUAUUUUUAUAAAGAAAAUAUGUCCAGAGACGGUCGCAUGAGCUGAAAGCACCAAGCUUGGCAUCUGAACAUCCCUCUGCUCAUGACAGGCAGCCUGUGGAUCCUCUGGCAGCCUGUUACCAAUGUACUUUUUUGCCCAGCAAAUUGCUGGCCUUUGGAAAUACAAAAAGGCCUUUCCCUUUGGGGCUAUCUUCGUGUGUGUGUGUGUGUGUGCGCGUGUGUGUAUAUUGCCAUCGAAUCCCAAACCAAAUCCACCAAGCCUCUUCUCAUGGCUACAUGAUUUGCCUGCCGAGGAAAGCCUCACAGAAAGUGAUUUGGAAGGAAAGGCAGCCUUAUCUGGCUAAAGAAGCAGUGAUAACAGUGAUCCUCAAAACAAUGAAUGCGUCUUUGAAUCCAUUAGCAAUGUCAAGGGAGAGAGUGGAUUAUUUGGAUCUCAACCCAAGAGCUUAAUUUCAAGGCUAUUUUGUAAACUUUUGUGAAUAAUGUUUAAAAAAAAAAAGGGAGGGUGAGGAAAUUUCUGUUUUUUCUGUUUCUGUUUUUGUUUUGUAAAAAGAAAAAGAAAAAAAGAAAGAAAAAAAUCCUUUGUAUACCGAUCUACCAUAGCUAGAAGGCUUCAUGCUAGGUCAGCAUUGCUUCAGCUAAGGGGGGGGCAGUUGGGGGAGGAUGUGCGUGUGUGGGGAUAAUCUUCAAUGUGAAAGAGGAUUCAAAGAAUAAGAAUCUCUGUUUUGAAGUAGCUGAUCUCCAAGCUACAGAACUCAAAACAUCCAGGAGGUUAAAACAAGGAAAGGGGGAAGAGGAUAAAUAUUCCAUUUUCUAACUCUGUUAUCACUUCUUUGUCUCUGAUAAGCCAAUUAAAAUUGCAAAUGAAA